AUGCCAAACGCGUCUGAACACGAUCCAGCCUUUACUGCUCUUCCACGUAGUCUGCAACGCCGCAUAGACAGCGCGUACGACACGACUCUCACAAGCCUUGCGGACGACAAGCCCGCUCGCAAGCGCCGCAAGAUUACACAAGAUAUUGAGCCUGGCGGUUUCAUACCUGAGGACACAGGUGGCGGAUUUAUAGUUGAUGAACCCGCACCUGGAGGGUUUAUUGUCGAGGAUGACGCGCCUGGUGGCUUCAUCGUCGAUGAUGAUGACGAGGAUGCUACACCAGACUCAGACUCAGGGGACGUCACGCCCUCACAUCUGCCUCUAUCCUUGAUUCCGUCUGCACUUCAGAUUCUUGACUUACCUGCAGACGACGAAGAGGUGCUCGCCGUUUUCAGUAACGCUGCGUCGGGCUGGGGCGCUGAGCACGGAGCGAGUGAGGAGGGCGUCAGCAAGAAGGACUGGAGGUCCGUCUGCGCCGUGCUUCUGGAGCAAGACGGCGAUGAGGAAGGGUCUGCCGGUGGGGACGCCGGUCCUUCCACUAGUGCUUCCUCGCCACCUCGAGACAUCGUCGGAAGCGAACCAGAGCCUGAUGAUGACGACUAUCACAUGUCUACCAAGAAAAGUAGACGAUCUCGGAUAACAAAAGCUCAGGAGUCAAGCGACGAAGAAGAGGACGCUAAACCAAAGGCAAUCACUCCUCGGCAGAAGGAAGGUGCUCGAAUGGCGUUCAGGCUGUUCUUCCCUGACGUUGAGGAUGAUGCUGUCGACACACAACGGAUAAUGAUCAAAGACAUCGCUCGGGUCGCUCAACUUCUGAAAGAGAAGCUAACAGCUGAAGAGAUCAUAGAGAUGCUAGACGCCUUCUCGUCGUCGCCAGAUAAAUCCAUGAACCUACCCGACUUUGAGCGGAUGAUGGUGGCGACCAAGAUGGUCUGAACCACUCUCACUUUAUUUGAACUUCAGAGCGAUCGGUGUUUCUGCAAACGUCGUUACAUCCUCUUAACAUACAUACAUGUAUAAUACCAUUCUGCCCCAUAUGAGCAUCAGAGUAGAAAUCC